AUGGCUGUGCCUGACCGAGGCGCGGAUCGUGUUUACAUGUACCAGGUACGCGAUGCGAAACAUGUCGAACAGAUUCGGACCGUUACUCUGUUACCGGGAACGGGCCCACGCCACAUUGUCUUCUCUCAAGUCAGCAAAGAGAAGACACUCAUGUUUUUGGUUUCCGAGCUGGAUAAUACUGUCAAUGUCUUCUCGCUUGAAAGUGACACCGUCAGUCAUCAUGGCAAGCAACCUGACCUGAAUAGAACCUUGCGUAUAACUCACCUACAGAGAGCAUCUACUCUUGAUGAUUCAAGCAAGCGUACAAAGCCCAACAACGUCGAUUUGGCUUCCGAGCUUUCUGUUUCGCAUGACAAGCGCUUCUUGUAUGUAUCUAACCGGAACACAGAGUCAGUUGAUAAGGUGGACACUAUCGCUGUAUAUUCCUUGGAUGAAUACUCCAAGAAGCCACUUCAAUUCUUGGGUCUCAACAGCACCUAUGGUAAAAUACCUCGGCACUUUUCACUAUCACCUGAUGCUCGCAACGAAUUCCUUGCGGUUGCAAACCAAGUUACGAACGACCUUUUUAUCCUCAAGAGAGACUUCCGGACAGGUUUUCUUGAUGGCAUUGUCGGAAACUACAGUUUCGGAAAGCUUGAUCUGACAACCAGAGUUGGCCCGAUGGCAGUUAUAUGGGAUUGA